UGCUAUGUCAAGUUUCAUCUCGAGUAAAAAGUAAAAGUUUAACCACCCUCUUUUGCCCUUCCCUGGGCUUGGGAUCUUCUUUACCGAUCCAGAGCAAAAGAAAGAGUCUUCAUCCUUGGGGGGAGGGGCAAAGGCCUUGUCCGAAGAAGGGCUCCUUGGCGCCCAGUUGUUUAAGCCGCGUGCGCUGGGUCCCACUGGGUCGGCACACAGGGCGGGUCCUGAGGUCGGUGGGCACAGCCGGGGUCCUUGGGGGAGGGAGAGCGCACACCGUCUUAGGAGAUACACCCGGCCGAUGGUUUAAAAAAACCUACAAAAGUUGGCGAUGAACUCAAGAGUAGGAGGGGGUGCCAUUCCCAGCACCGUGGAGUCUCCGAAGAAAAGGGCCCACGUCAGUCAAGAGGCUCGCGCUAACUCGUGCGGGUGACUGCCACAUCCCCGGCGCAGGAAAAUGCAUUCUUUUGUUGUUGGCGGAGACGGUCCCCUUCCGCAGCUCCCGGGCCAAGGCUAGCUAACGACCAGGAGAAACAGAGUGGAAAAUGCAAAACAACGAAAUUAUUAAACCGGCCAAAUACUUCUCCGAGCUGGAGAAGAGCAUCUUGCUUGCUUUAGUGGAGAAGUACAAGUAUGUGCUGGAGUGUAAGAAAAGCGAUGCGCGGACUAUCGCCCUCAAGCAGCGCACCUGGCAGGCGCUGGCGCACGAGUACAACUCCCAGCCCAGCGUGUCGCUGCGGGAUUUCAAACAGCUCAAGAAGUGCUGGGAGAACAUCAAGGCUCGGACCAAAAAAAUUAUGGCCCACGAGAGAAGGGAGAAAGUGAAGCGCAGCGGGAGCCCCCUGCUGAGUAACCACGUCCUGGGCAAGGAGAAGAUCAGCAGCAUGCUCCCGGAGCAGCUCUACUUCCUGCAGAGCCCGCCUGAGGAGGAGCCCGAAUACCACCAGGACGCAGCCUCUCAAGAAUCCUUUGCUGCUUCCAAUAGAGAACUGUGCGACGAAGAGAAAGAGUUCGUCCAUUUCCCAGUGUGUGAGGGGACCUCGCAGCCGGAACCUUCGUGCUCAGCCGUCAGAAUCACAGCCAAUAAGAACUACAGGAGCAAAACCACUCAGGAAGGCGCCUUGAAGAAGAUGCACGAGGAGGAGCACCACCAGCAAAUGUCCAUCCUCCAGCUGCAGCUGAUCCAGAUGAACGAGGUGCACGUGGCCAAAAUCCAGCAGAUAGAGCGUGAGUGCGAGAUGGCGGAGGAGGAGCACAGGAUCAAGAUGGAAGUCCUCAACAAGAAGAAGAUGUACUGGGAAAGGAAACUACAAACUUUUACCAAGGAGUGGCCCGUUUCCUCGUUUAACCGGCCCUUUCCCAAUUCACCCUAAGACUGGGGGAUGGCUCCCUUGUAGUUAACGUGUGUUGGCAAGGCAAGUUUGGGAUGGGACUUUGGCGGUCGGUAGCCUGUAACGGAGCUAUGCCUAGGAGAAUUAGAGUGAUAGUAGUCAGUUAUUUAAGAAACCAUUCAGGUAAACAGCUGCGUCCCAGGUACCCCUCACGUGGCCAAGAAGCUGGUCCAGUCUCUGAAGAUCACCACUAUGCGUGCUAGAACUCACUGAACGUCAUGUUUCUUAAUUAGAAUUCGUAGAAGAACCAUGUGUGAGUGCCGUAUUUUCUUUUCUUUUCUUUUUUCUUUUCUUUUUUUUUUUUUAACGAAACGCAAGUGUGAUGAAAAAGGAGUUUGGCUGGUGAUUUUUACUUUAUUUUUUAGUUUGUUUGUUUUUUCAGCUGACAGUGGAGCUUUUGCGCCCAGAUUGCUGGGCAGCCUCCCCCCCCCCACACACACUGUUGAGGCUGCCCUGCGCCCGGCUGUUUCUCCACCUUUUGGGUGUCACUCUGCAAGUGAGGAUGUCCGGGAAGCCCAGCCUUUGGAAGGGCAUUUCCGAACAGGGCUCACAACUGCCUUUUAAGGCUUUUCCCAAAGAGGCUUUCCAAGGAGUGUCUCCCACAGUGGUGGUUUUAGUAGAAGUAGGGAUAGAACAACGUUGAGGGAUUAAUGUUCAGUUAGGUUCCUACAUUCUGUUUGUUUUAUUAAAAACGUCUUAAAAUGUUACAGUA